AUGUGUGUCGCCUGMGAAAGUCCAAGUGCAAUGGUAAUGGCAGCAAAAAUCUCAUACUAUCAGGGUGACGGGUCAAAAAAACCCGAAGACUUUGAUGUACUGCAGUUACUGGACAAGUGGGGACCGGUCGAUGGUAUCGAUGAAGAUGAAGUCGACACCGCGCAGCUUCUCAAAGAAAAUGCUGCCUUACCAGCAAAGCGGGGUCGCGAUGAGUUCUCAGGUCAAAUCGGUGGUGGACCAGUGAAACGAUCCCGAGAGGCAGGAACUAUGUGCCUAGAAAACCAACCCGAGGCUGGCUCGUGUACGUCCAGUGUGCAACCACCACCGCCACCCUCGGAAUUGCCGCGCCACAUGGUCGCAGAUGAGCCAUCGUUUACGAUUGAGCCCGGGCCAGAUUUCUUCAUCGAGUCGAACGCUUCAAACCCAAACAACACUUACGACGCGAUGCUACAAUUCUUCCAACUCAUGAAUAACACCUUCCAGCCUUCAGACAUGGGCGUGAAUCUUCCAUUGGAAGGCAUGCCAGCGCCAAUUACACAGCCUGGAUCGAACGUACCAACAGAGGACCACAAUCAAUGGCUGAUGAACCUCGUGGAUUGGAGGGCGAGUCUGGAGAAUUUCCCUGGUCACUUAAUGGAUGCAACUUUGGAUCCGAAUGGUCCACUCCCGCAGACCGUGGGCGAGUCCUCUACAGCCAUGGAAACGGACACAACCUCCAUCGACCCGAUGUUCCUUAAUGGGUCUCAUGAACCAUGA